AUGUCAUCGGAGAGGGAGCACACGCCGAGUGCGGAGGGGAACUAUGGCGUGAACAGAAGAGAAAACAUCGUCGCGAGCCGUCGCGGCCGAUGGGUGAUUAAGCUGGCGCUGGCGCUCUUCCUUUGCCGGAAAGGCAACAUGGAUGUGGGGGAGAUGGCCCGCUUCCACAGUGAACUCUGGAGCUACAAGUCCCUGGCCAACGAGUCACGGGCGCGCAAGUACGCCGCCCCAGACACCGACGUAUAUACCGCGGGAAGCAAGUGGAAGCAGCGGCUCGGAAGAAUGUGGUUGACAGAAGGCUUCGAGGUGUGUGCGGCGGAGUUGGAGUCGUACUUUGAGCAGGAGUUUUCACAACUACAGGUGCAGAGGGAGACGGAAGAGCACAGCGAUGAAACCGCGGUCGCGCCCAACGAUGCUGACCGCACGGAGGAGGCUCGCACGGACGCUGUGGCCUACACAACCCUGGCCCCGCCCUCAACUCCGCUGCUUGCCCUGGGGGGGUUUGAGCGGCAGCUGGCGCGGCUGCUCCAGGCUGUGCUUACAUUUACGCGCAGGCAAAGGAGCAUGAAGACGAAAAUGAAGCAAGGCUGGAUUCCCGCAACGGACAUCCUCGAUCACCUACAACGCAGCAACUACGGCCAGCUGCAAGACAAAGAGGGGGCAGACGCGGGGCACACGCUGCCCUGGCUGCCGACAACACCGGAGCAGUUGGUGUCGUUGCUGCGGCGUUUCAAUCUGCGGCGGCGGCUGCAGUUCUGCUGGAGCGGCGGGCCUACGGCUGCGCCGGCAGCGACAGAGGGAGAUGCUUGGGUGCGGGCGGCGUGGGGGCACUGCGCACAACUUGCUGCUGCGGAUGUCUUUGAGAGCCAUCCGUUGUUGCCGCUAGAGCAGGUGCUGUCACAGUUUACCUCUGCAGUGGAGCUCUACGACUACGUUGAGCAUAUAGAUCACUGGCAGAAUCAGGUGAAAAAGCAUGGGGGGCGCGCCGUGUUAGACUUUCGGCCCUUUCUUCUGCUGGUGCCUGUGGGUCACUUGUGUCAGGGGGAUGAGAGCGGGGAGGCCGCGGAGUGGGACACCGUACUGGCGGCAAAUAAGGUAUUUCUUCAAUCCAGCUUUGUUCGCGUCUCGCAGACAUUCUUGAAGCUGCACAUGCAGCGAAUGGUGCGUGUGGUUCAUCCGCUACCGUACUGUGCCGCAGCAAGCGAUUCCCCUGACGAGGGCGUGCUGCUGCUGCACCUGAGUGAAAUUGACUCCGACGUCAUCACUGGGCCAACUGAGGGGGUGAGAUACAUUCGGGCGGAGGCUCUCUAUGGUGACGGGGUGGCCACCGACAUCGCCGUGGAGACGCUGCGGCCGCUCAACCAGAGGAAGAGCAGCGAGGGCGUGUGCGACGCUAACAAAGAGGAGGGCGUUAACGGUGGAAGUGGCGGCGGCACCGGGGCUCAGCUCCGCGGCUUCACGCGUCACCUCUUUCAACUUAGCGGGUGGUCGCGCGCGGCAGAUCCGGACCCGAAUAGCGAAAAUAAAAAAACAAGUGAGGACGGCAAUGGGAAUAGGCUGGGGACGCAGCCUCCCCUUUACUUCGACGCCGCGGCUGCGCGCCGAUGCCUGCGGUUUGUUUCUUCUGAAGCCGCAAAGGCAUUUGCGGGGCUCGGCGUCCUGGACCUGGGCGUCGUGUGUCCCAGGUGGCUUGCGACCGGCUCCACCCUGCUGGGUUGUAGCGCCGAUGCCGCCAAAUUGGCGGCCGCUGCCUCCGUCGAGGGCGCGUUUGCCGUGCCGUCGCUUAUAUUGCCGCGCAUGCGCUGCAGCGACGGGGCCGUGCCGUACGGCUGCCAGGAGGCGACGAAGGAAAUUCGCAUUGAGCUGAGGGCGGGGGCCUUUGCUGCGCUCUGCGUGGGCAGCGAGCGGCAAAAGCAGCCCUUCACGGUGUACUUCCCGCAGGACGCGGCGAAUGGCGUGGGCGGUGACGCGCCGUUGGACAACACGCCGAUGCUGUUGCUGCGCCCACGGCGCGGCGGCGGCGGCGGCGCCAGACUCACGGCGCCCGAGCGGGAGGGCGAAGAACAAGCCCACCUCCGCCCCCGCGCAGCCUUGCUGCUCUCGUGCAUCAACGUCCGGGAUGACGAGCUCGGGGACGGGUCGGUCCUCAUAUCCGUGGAGCUGAGCGAGGAGGACGAGGCGCGGUGUCGUGGUGGCGCGGAGGAUGACUUCCACCCCGGGAAGGAUACCUGCAGUGGCGGGCGAGGGGCGCUGCGGUGGGCGGUGACGAUUUUUGACGUGUGGGAGUUGGAGACGGCGCCGCCGAUAGCGGAGCUCGUUGAGCGGGAGUUGGUGCGGCCGCUGCAGCUAAGUCUCCGCGCGACUGACGCGGCGUGCCACUUCCACAACCUCCCCGUGGCUGAGCAGGACGCCCUGCUGCAAAGUCUGCGGGAACAGUUUAUUAUGGCGGUGACACCGGGGCGAAACGAGGAGCUGGAAUACCUCGGCGACGCCAUUCUGGACUUUGUGGUGGCCCAGCAUACGCUGGAGGCAUGGAGGAUCGGGCCCAUCGUUAGCGAGUCGUCCAACAGGAAGCUUGCCUCGCACCUCCCCGAGACUCUCACCCGCUACCUGCGGUUGCAGUGGCAUAUUUGCAACGAAAAGCGCAAGGCGGAUGUGGUGGAGGCCCUGUUUGGGGCCGUUCUGAUGGCGCUCUGGGUGAUUCCUCAGAGCAGCGUCGCCGGGGGCCCAGUGACGGCCAUUGGUCGUCUUCCAUUCACGGGCGUCUUGCAGGCUGUGCGGGGCCUGAUGGACGUGCUGUGUUUGGUUCUUGAUUAG